GUGGGGCUACCGGCCUGGCGGGGAGAGCGAACAGCAGCGCGGCAGGCGGCAGUGGGAGCCCGAGCCCAGCCGCUCUGGGAGUCCCCUCUCCCUGGGCCGGGCCAGCCGGGCGUUAGGGGAACAGCGGGCAGGCGCCAGCUGUCAACCCCACUGCUGCCCGGUGAGUGCUGCGAGAGCUGGGGCGAGCGAGCUGCCUGGACCAGGCAGAGGGUGUCUAGAAGUGACGCAGCCCUCCCUCUGGAGCCAUGGGUAGCCCGGCCACCACUGCCCUGCACAGGGCUGUCUGCACGCUGCUCCUGGCCUCCCUGGGCUGUGUCACCGGCCAGCCGCUGGGCGGGGAGUCCAUAUGCACGGCACGGUCGCUGGCCAGGUACAACCUCGCCUUUGCGGGCAAGUGGAGCCAAACAGCCUUCCCCAAGCAAUAUCCCCUGUUCCGGCCGCCUGCACAGUGGUCUUCGUUGCUGGGGACAACGCACAGCUCUGACUACAGCAUGUGGAGGGAGAAUGAGUACGCCAGCAAUGGGCUGCGGGACUUCGUGGAGCAGGGCGAGGCCUGGGCCCUGAUGAAGGAGAUCGAGGCUGCCGGGGAGAAGUUGCAGAGCGUGCAUGCAGUGUUUUCAGCCCCUGCUGUCCCCAGUGGCACAGGGCAGACGGCCUCAGAGCUGGAGGUGCACCCCAGGCACUCGCUGGUGUCCUUUGUGGUACGCAUUGUCCCCAGCCCCGACUGGUUUGUGGGUGUGGACAGCCUGGACCUGUGUGAAGGGGGCCGCUGGAAGGAGCAGGUGGCCUUGGAUCUCUACCCACAUGAUGCCGGGACAGACAGUGGCUUCACCUUCUCCUCCCCUAACUUCGCGACCAUCCCGCAGGCCACGGUGACCGAGAUCACAUCCUCCUCGCCCAGUCACCCAGCAAAUUCUUUCUACUACCCGAAGCUGAAGUCUCUGCCACCCAUGGCCAGAGUAACACUGGUGCGGCUCCGGCAGAGCGCCAGGGCCUUUGUCCCACCUGCCCUAGACCUGGUCAGCAGGGGCAAUGAGAUCACUGACAACCUCUCAGUUCCAGAAACGCCGCUGGACUGUGAAGCGUCCCUGUGGUCAUCCUGGGGCCUGUGCAAUGGACCCUGCGGGAAGCUGGGAGUCAAGAGCAGAACUCGCUACGUCCUUGUGCAGCCUGCCAACAAUGGCACACCCUGCCCCAGCCUUGAGGAGGAGACCGAGUGUGUCCCUGAUAACUGUGUCUGACCUAGGUCUGGAUCACUGAGGACUCCCAGGCGGACAGGCCGAGGGCUGACAGGGGGUCCUGCACGACCUCCCUCGGAGGCAGCCAGGUGAUGGCUGCGACAGGUCCCUUCUGCAGGCGUAGGAAUAUGGAGCCCAUGAGUCUCCGCUCUACAUCAUGUCCCUGUAAUUUAUUGCUGUUCCUAAGGCUGCCUGUGAUGCUGGCAAGAGGACGCAUCCAGGAGCCCUGCACCCACAAGACUGUUAAAUACCUCGGACCUGGUGCCUAGGCCACCACAGCACCCCCUCCCCCGGGGCAAGGUGGCCCCCAUGCUGCUCCUGGUACUGAAGCUGGGUGACACCCAGGAAACACACCGAGAGGGAUGGUUUUGGAAAUAUGGCGCUUUCAUUUAUUGAUUUCUGCAUCUGAAUAAAGGCCAUCUGUUCCCGACAAA